AUGCGCACGCGAGAGGGACGGCUGGUGCUGAAGCGCCGCCGGCUCAAGGGUCGCGUGCACCUGACGGCGUAG